UUAGAAGCAGUCACAUGCUGCGCUCUUCUUCUCUGAGGGAACAUACAUGGAUGACCUACGCCAGGCUGAUGAGGGGGAACCCGCUCUCAGGAUGAGCCACCUUCAGGACACCAAAGCUUAAGGAUAUUAGUGGGCAUAUAAGGGCUCAUGGGACAGCAUCCUCAAAUGUCCACUUCAGGGAUCAGCCCGGCGAUGGCGCCUCCAUCAUCACCGGGGAUGAGCGGAACCCCCCCGAUGCAGGCUUCUCUCGCACCCAAAAAGACCACCUUUCAGUCUCUGGGUUCGCUAUCGCCGGGUGUGUUCUCACCAUCCAGCCCCAAGAUGCCAUGCAACCCCCCCAACUCCCCCACUAUGUCCAUCAUGAGCUCACCUAAACUGUGGCAGAAAGCCUCCAUCUCCAGGCUGGCGGAGGAGUUUUUCUGGAUCGGCGGGAGUGUGGUCGCUCAGCCGAAAUGGAGACUGGGGCAAUUAGUGGAGAGGUCCAUGUGCACCAUGCAGAUGGGAACACAGAUGAGCAAACUGAAGGGAAAGAAGAAGGGCCUUGUGAGGUUUUACUACCUGGACGAGCACAGGUCCUGCAUCAGGUGGCGGCCAUCCAAGAAACAUGACAAAGCCAAAAUAACCAUUGACUCCAUCCACGAAGUGUGCGAGGGCAAAAAGUCUGAGGUCUUCAGGAGGUACGCAGACAACCGCUUUGACCCAAACUGCUGCUUCAGUAUUUACUACGGUGAGCGUGUCAAGUCCCUGGACUUGGUGACCACCAAUGCCGAGGAGGCACGGACAUGGAUCACCGGGCUGAAGUACCUCAUGGCUGGCAUCAGUGAUGAAGACAGCCUGGCUCGAAGGCAACGCACCAGAGAUCAGUGGCUACAGCAGACAUUCUCUGAGGCCGACAAAAACGGCGAUGGCACCUUAAGCAUCGGAGAAGUUCACCAGCUGCUCCACAAGCUCAACGUCAAUCUACCCAAGCAGAAAGUCAGGCAGAUGUUCCAAGACGCAGACACGGACGAGAACCAGGGCACUUUGGGUUUUGAGGAAUUCUGCUCUUUCUAUAAGAUGAUCUCCACGCGAAGAGACCUUUAUCUUCUCUUGAUAUCCUACAGUAAUCAGAAAGAAGUCAUGGAUCUGCAUGAUCUUGCCCGCUUUUUGGAGCAUGAGCAGAAGAUGCGAGGUCUGGCCAGAGAGCACCUGGUUGACAUUGUGGCCAAGUUUGAGCCGUGUCCUGAGAACCUGCAACGUAUGGUCCUGGGAAUAGACGGUUUCACCAACUACAUGCGAAGCCCCGGUGGGGACAUCUUCAACCCGGAGCACAACCAAGUGAACCAAGAUAUGACACAGCCUCUGUACAACUACUUCAUCGCCACAUCACACAACACCUACCUGACUGGUGACCAGCUAUUGUCUCAGUCCAGCGUGGAGAUGUAUGCUUAUGUCCUCCAGGCUGGAUGUCGCUGCGUGGAAGUGGACUGCUGGGAUGGACCAGAUGGGGAGCCCAUCAUCCACCACGGGUACACUUUGACCUCAAAAAUACUCUUCAAAGACGUCAUUGAAACCAUCAAUAAAUACGCCUUCACCAAAUCACAGUACCCAGUCAUUUUGUCCAUAGAGAACCAUUGCACGGUACCACAGCAGAAAAAGAUGGCAGAGUACCUAAAAGAGGUAUUGCAGGACAAGCUGGACCUGUCCCAUGUCAACAUCUAUGAAUGCAAGAAGUUGCCAUCGCCUGAAAUCCUCAAGGGCAAAAUAUUGGUCAAGGGAAAGAAGCUCCCGGCAAACAUUGACCCUGAUGCUGAGGAAGGAGACGUGUCUGAUGAAGACACUGGGGAUGAAAAGGAAGAAGAUGAGGAGGAAGAAGACGAAGAGAAUUCACAGGAGGAGAACAGCGGUUUCGCUGCACGUCAACCAAAGAAGAAGAGACGAUUCGGCAGGUCAAUCAUGAGGAGAUUCAAACGCAAGAGGAAAAAAGGAAUCCGAGUGAGGAGUCAAGGCAGGUCUGAUGGAGAGUCGGACUAUAGCAGCAGCAGCAGGGACAGGACACAGAUUGUUUAUCACCCAAAAAAAAGGAAAACAAUGAGGCUGUCCCGCGCUCUCUCUGACCUUGUCGAGUACACAAAAUCCGUCCGAGUGCAUGACAUCGAGACACAAGCAUUUGCCAAUAGUUGGCAGGUGUCGUCGCUCAACGAGACCGUCAUGAACCAGAUCCUGCAGCUAAAACCCGGUCCACUGGUACGCUUCAACCAGCGCCAACUCCUCAGGGUCUACCCGUCCAACUACAGGGUGGACUCCAGCAACUUCAACCCACAGCCCUACUGGAAUGCAGGAUGUCACAUGGUGGCCAUGAACUAUCAAACAGAGGGCCGCAUGCUUGAACUGAACCAAGCCAAGUUCUCAACCAACGGAAACUGUGGAUACAUACUCAAGCCUAAAAUCAUGUGUAAAGGUGCCUUUAAUCCCCACUUGGAGGAUCCGCUUCCAGGACAGAAGAAGAUUCAGUUAGUGCUAAAGAUCAUCAGUGGUCAGCAGCUUCCCAAACCCAAAGACUCCAUGUUUGGAGACAGAGGAGAGAUCAUUGAUCCCUUUGUGGAGGUCGAGAUCAUCGGUCUACCCGUCGACUGUUCAAAGCAGCAAACCAGAGUGGUGGACGAUAAUGGUUUCAACCCCAUGUGGGAGGAAACCCUGGUAUUCAACAUUCUAAUGCCGCAGAUUGCCCUGGUGCGCUUCCAGGUUUGGGAUCAUGACCCCAUUGGACGGGAUUUCAUUGGCCAGAGGACAUUAGCGUUCAAAAGCAUGAUGCCAGGUUAUCGACACGUGUACUUGGAGGGAAUGGCAGAGUCUUCCAUCUUUGUUCAUGUUUCCAUCAUUGAUGGCAAGAUAAAGCCCAGCAACGCCGUCCACGCGGCCAGAAAGCACAUCCAAAAAGCAGCACAGAAGCACAUGAAGGGCCACCAAAGGCAGCCAUCCCUCGACUUCUCCGUCCAGUCCUCUGAAGACUGGACCUCUCUGUUUUUACGCAAGGACGCCGACUCUUUCUCUCAAGACAGCAGGAACGGAGACAUGUCUCCUCUGGUUCAAGGACCAGCGGUCAGGGCUGCUAUGCGCAAAGGCGCCAUGAGUGAACCCAUGAAACGCGCUCAUAGGGUAAGAAUUCACAAUCCUGCGGAGACCAGGAGAAGGAUCUUCAGCAAGAUGUCCUCUACGGAUUCAAACCCGGUGGCUCCAUGCGUAUUGGAAGACAGCUUUGACUUAGAAACUCCUCCAUAUCCAGACAGUCCAGUGGACAGUAAGUGUCCAGUUCCUGACUCUAAUGAACUUCAGACUUCAGUAUCUAAUGACGCUGAGCCACACACAUUUCGAGAAGAGCAGCCGACAUUUUCUGAAACAGGAAGAAUCCAAAAUAAUGACACAGAACCACCAGAGGAACCUCCACCUCCAAUCCCUCAGUCCAUACCACAACCUCCCUCACAUUGGGAAGCCAAAUUUCCCCCUCUUAAUCCGCCUUCAUCCCCUUUACGGGUUAGAAGGACUUUAGAGACCCCAGCCACCCCAAGACCUUCCACCCCGAUAAGGACAAAAACCCGCUCACACAGCUGCCCCAGGAAACACAGCAGCUCCCCUCUGACUCCCACGGCGAUCCGCAAGCCUUCUUCCUCCCACUGGCAGCAGACCUGGCAGCAGGUGCGGACCGUACCAAACGGUCUGUGCUUGUCUGACAGCACAUCCAGCAGUGACGGCAGCUCAGACAGCCUGGAGUUAGGAACCGGGACUGUAGUGGCAGGCUCAGAGCAACACGACGGCACCUUGCAAAGGGAGAUGAAGGUGCUUUUUGACAAGAAGAUGAGGGAGAUCCGAUGUAAAUCGCCACUUUUUUUUGAUGACCAGGAUUUGUGAGUCCGCAAGCUGGGUCUUGCGGUCUUUUUAGAGAACUGACCCCUGAGGUCCACACUGGAGUAUUUGAUCAAAAUCUUAGUUACUUUAACCUAAGUGGCAUUUCCCUGCCUUUUUUUUCCCAUAAGCUGGUUUGAUCAAGUCCUAAAGAUGUGUUGGAGAUGUGAUAGGGUUCCUAAAGCUGGUUGAAAUGGACGGAUGACAAAAAGAACCUAGCAAAGCCAUAUAACAAGUCAAGUCAUAUAACAGAAUUACAUAACAUUAAUUCAUUCAUUUUCUACCGCUUUUCCUCACGAGGGUCGCGGGGGCGAGAGGCGGGGUACACCCUGGACUGGUUGCCAGCCAAUCACAGGGCACAUAUAGACAAACAACCAUUCACACUCACAUUCAUACCUAUGGACAAUUUGGAGUCACCAAUUAAAUGUGGGAGGAAAGCGGAGUACCCGGAGAAAACCCACGCAUGUGAACUCCACACAGAGAUGGCCGAGGGUGGAAUUGAACCCUGGUCUCCUAGCUAUGAGGUGUGUGCGCUAACCACUCUUAUCUUAUUACUUUGUUCAAACUACCACAAGAAGUAAAACGACAAGAAACACACUUGAUAAACACUUUUAAUUGAGUUCAGCAUAUUGUAAUAAUUGCAUCCUGUUGCAUGCUGACUGUUUACACAACGUUUUAUGCAUAUUGCUGUUGGCUCAGUUAGAAUUGUUAAUUGUUUAAGAACAUUUUUGUUACCUGUUAUUUAGCUAACAAUGUGAAUAUAAGUUUAUUUGUAAUAUAAAGGUACACUAGCUCAACCUACAGUUAGCGUUUCUGUCAAAUCAGAAGAAAACAAAGUUGUGUGUCAGUUUUCUCAGGAUGCUUCUAUGCCUUCUCUGUAUCCUUAUCAUCAGCAGGCUCUUGAGCGUUGUUUACAUUCUUGUUCCUGAAACGCAAGCUCAUUUCCUCAGUCAGGACCCGGCAGAAGGCUUUCUGUGUGCAGGAUGUAGUAAAAUACAAAGAAUUUCAACAGUAUGCUGCUGAAUAUUAGUUCUAUAUGACUGCUAAGUCUGCUAUUGCACUGCAAGCUCAAGUUUGUGAUUAAAAUCUGAGUUGUUUCUUUCA